UCUGGUUUGAUCAACCUCACUUCACCAUCCCACGUCUCGAUAUAUAAGUGCCGUACAUCUCCCAAACUAUCAACUCAUUCCUUUCUCAUCAGAUCACACAGGCUCAGCGCUCUCUUUCCUUCCUUGAUCCUGAGCUUCGCUCGUCCCUCCUUCUCUUCAGUAUAUACUUGUAACCACCUUCCUUCACUGCCUCUCAACGACUCAUCAACUGUCAAACAUGAAGGGCGCUAUCGGAUUCGCGGUGGCUGCGGCCACUGCCAUGUUCAGCGGUGUCAUGGCUAAGCCGACCUUCUCGGCUGCUACGGCCGGCACCGUUGUCGAUCCCGGCACCGUCGCCGAGAUGAUGGUCACCGAGCUGAACACGCUCAACGGAACCUUGGUCGAGAACCCCAUCACCACCCUGGGUAACACGAUGACGGUCCGCAUCCACCACAACUUCAACAGCAACCAGCAGCUGUACGCAUACCUCAUUGGGCGCGACCGCAACGACGUGCCCACGGUGCUCCAGAGCAACGGCCAGUACUUCUACCCGGCGCGCGUCAGCGGGCCUGUUCCUACCAAGAUCUCUGCCCCCAUCGGCCACAAGCUGUCUUCCAAGGGCGGUUACGUCGACAUCCAAAUCCCCGACACUCUCAGCUCUGGCCGCAUCUACGUGUCCGAGGGCGAGCUCACCUUUUCUGCCGUCAUGUCCGACCUUGGCUACAUGAGUCUUGUCCAGCCCGCCUUUGUCGAUCCUCAGGAUGUCAACGCCAACAAGUUCUGGGGUUUCGUCGAGUUCACUCUCAACGACGCCGGCGUCUUUGCCAACAUCUCCUUCGUGGACUUUGUCGGCCUCGUCUUCAGCAUGAAGCUCACCCUCGGCUCCGGCGCCACCCAAGAAGUCAUUGGCCUGCAGAGCGACGCGAUCCAGAAGAUCUGCCAGGGCCUCAAGGAGCAGUCCGCCCGCGACGGCAAGCCGUGGGCCAGCCACUGCAUGUACCGCUCCGACGGCACCGCUCUGCGCGUCCUUGCGCCCAACAUCUACGCCGACCUCCACCGCGACAUGGACAACUACUACGACAGCUACGUCAACCAGGUCUGGGACAAGUACAGCCGCGAGGACCUCUUCAUCAACACGCAGGGCUCCAGGGGCAAGGUGCCAUGCCGCGUCUCCGGCAACGUUCUCAAGUGCCAGGGCGACUCGAUGGGUUUCCCCAAGCCCACAAGCCGCGACAUUUUCGGCUGCAACUCGGGCCCCUUUGCCAACACUGGUGACGACCUGCACCGCAACAUCCUCGCCCGCCUUUGCGCCGCCUUCAACCGCUCUGAGCUGCUCCUCUCUGGUGGCAACACCACCCCCUCGCUCGGCAGCUCCAAGUACUACACGGUCGACCCGACCUCGCACUUCUCGCGCCUCGUCCACAAGUACGAGGUCGACGGCAAGGGCUACGCCUUCAGCUACGACGACGUCGAGGUCAACGGACAGAACCCCGCGGGUGUCGUCGCCGGUGCCGCGCCCAAGCUUCUCGAGGUCUGGGCCGGUGGCCGCAGCUAAAUGGUCUCGCUAUAAGACCAUAUUCGAUCGAGCCUCUGUGGGGGCAAUCACUUGGCUGCCCAGUCUGGAUACGCCUGGAGAAAGGGGAUGCAUCGUUUUGCACCACGACCAGUAGAGCAGGCGGAGGAACUUUAGCUAUUCUACACAUUCGUUUUCUACCUUUUCGAUUCGAGAAGUAUAUACUUACCUCACACUUUACACACAAAAUGGGGAUGAGAGAUGGCUUGGUGUCAAGGGGACUACGGUGAUCGGGCCCUUCUUCCUUCUUACUUUCAGUUGGAGUCGGAUGGCUGGGCUGUUCAUGGAUGAGCAUACCGCCAUGCUGGCUUCCAAACACAUUGACUUCAUUCAGAUUUAGAGAGUUCCACCAGAGAAUAGACCUUGUUGCACA